AGAAAACACUUUCAAAAGAGGGAGAAAGAAACCAAGUCAUUCGUGGCUUCCUUCAUGCGCCUCGCAGCAUACCCUGUCAGUAACCGCGGCAGGGUUUGACGUUCUGGACUUCCCACCGAUAUGACGGACCAAAGAAGUGGCCGAAUCAGCGCUUAUUUCAGUGCUUCGAAGCCCAUUCUCUCUCGAAAAAGACCUUCGGAUUCUUGUCCCCUUCAAUGUCACCGAAUAAAAAAUGCUGGUGAUGUUGGUUUCGAUUCUGUUGCGAAGAGAGUUCCCCUUGCGGAGGUACCGCUGAACAUGUUCAAUGCGGCUGUGAAUUACCAUGGUCCAUCGUCUGAGUCAAAUAACGGCAGCUUCAAUGCAAGGAGUGUGUCUGUUUCUGCACUUGGUUCCGCGAAUGAGAAUCUGUGUCAAUCUUUGUUUGAAACUCCAAGGAGAGAACCUGAAGGCUCUAAACCCAAAGAGCUGGAUUAUUUUGCCGCGAGUGGCCUUCUUGAUGACGACUUUGAUGACUCUAUUUUGGAGCAGAUUGACAUUUUGGUCGAGCAGAAAUCUGCAGAGAAAGCAGCAGAGCAGCAGUUAGAUCGUAUAUGUGACGAGAAAGUUUUGAACCAAAGCAAUAUUGCUGGUGAGGUUAGUCUGAGUUCAGGAUGCAUUACUGUUUCCGUGGGGUUAGGAAAUGGUCACCUGCUUAACUCUGGUGUUGAUCUACAUACCAAACAAGAGGAAGUGGAUACAAGCUUGCAAGGUUUACUAAAUAGCAACAGCAGCAUGCCUGAGGAAUAUUUGAAAUACUUGCAGUCCCUAAAUGACAGGCAAAGAGAAGCAGCUUGCACUGAUAUUUCAACCCCUUUAAUGAUUGUAGCUGGUCCAGGAAGUGGAAAGACAUCCACAAUGGUAGGGCGUGUAUUGAUGCUGCUCAAUGAGGGCAUUAGUCCAUCAAACAUUCUGGCCAUGACAUUCACAACAGCAGCUGCUUCUGAAAUGAGAGAACGUAUAGGAGCUAUAGCUGGGAAGACAACGGCUAAAGAACUUACUAUCAGUACUUUUCAUUCAUUUUCCUUGCAACUUUGUCGUUCACAUGGAGAAAAGUUGGGUCGUACAUCUGAAUUCUAUAUUUAUGGACAGGGCCAGCAGCGAAAUGCAAUUAUUGAGGCCAUCAGAUUGUUAGAAAAUGAAAAGAGUAGAAAUAAAGAUGGUGCAUUAUUAAUGGGUGAUUUAUCCAAUAGUGUAAAGAAUCCUAAACAGUUCAAGGAUAAGGCAAAGAAAUGGCAAAAGUUUGUGGCUCAGGCCAAAGCUUCGGGAAGAACUUCUGCAGAAUAUCGUGCAAUGGGCAAUGAAAUUGGAGCAGAAAUUCUUGAGAAUUACAACAACAUAUUACAAUCUUGUAAUGCUCUGGAUUAUCAUGACUUGAUCAGCUGUUCUGUGAUGCUACUCAGUGAUUUUCCUGAAGUUUUGAAAGAAUCUCAGGAUUCAUGGAAAGCUAUUGUUAUAGAUGAAUUCCAAGAUACUAGUGCCAUGCAAUACAAGUUUCUAAAGAUACUUGCAUCUCAUCAUAAAAUAACAAUUGUUGGUGAUGACGAUCAGUCUAUUUACAGUUUCAACGGAGCUGACAUUUCUGGAUUUACAUCAUUUCGAAAUGAUUUUCCAAAUUACAAAGAGAUUAGGCUUAACAAAAACUAUCGAUCCACACGUUGCAUUGUUGAGGCUGCAUCUUGUCUUAUUCAAAACAAUUCCAAGCGAAGUCAGCUGAAGAAUGUUCUUACCGAUAACUCUUCUGGUUCUAAGAUAGUUAUGAAGGAGUGUCACAAUGAGGAUUCACAAUGCGCAUUUGUUGUUGACAAAAUCUUAGAAAUGUCAUCAGAUCAUUCAACUGAUAACUGUUGUUUUGGCAACAUUGCAAUUCUCUACCGUAGGCAGGUAUCAGGGAAAGCCUUCCAAAUGGCUUUCCGUGAUAGGAAAAUUCCAUUUAACAUUCACGGUGUGGCUUUUUACAGAAAAAAGGUAGUCAGAACUAUCAUCGCCAUGCUUCGAACGACACUGCCUGGUUGUGAUGAUGGGUCAUAUAGUCGAGUAUUCAAGGCUUUAUUGCCGUUGGAGAAAGAUAAAAAAAAGAGGAUAAUUGACCAUAUCAACAAAAUAUCAACAAUUAGAAAAUGUAGUUUCUUGUCGGCUGCUUCUGACAUAUUUAGUGCAAAGAUUUCUGGUACCUUUAAAAGAAGUGAGCUUACUCAUGGAAGGAAGGUUUUAACGACUCUAGAGAUGAUAUCAAAACUUACCCAGAGGGAAAAAUCAAUCUCAGCUAUCAUAACUUCUGUGGCAAACAUGAUACCCGAGAAAUACCUUCUUGAGCAACGGGCAAUCACUGAUGUUGAUGGAGGCACAUUCCUCAAUGAAGACUAUGACAUGAGAUCUGUUCUUCAAUACCUAUUGGACGAUGUGUCUGAGUUUCUAUCCACUAAAUUAGUUGAGGUAGAAGGGGAAAGGGAAAUAUCAGAAGAUAAGGGCUGCACUUUUGUUUUAAAAGCAUUCAUUGAUUAUUUAUUUGAACGUGAGAGAGAAAAUUGUCGUGCUCGAAGGAGGGACAAUGAAAACUCUGUGACAUUGACUACCAUUCAUCAGGCAAAAGGUUUAGAGUGGGAUGUUGUCUUCAUAGUUAAGGCAAAUGACUCUGAGAUCCCGCUGUUACACAAUUUCAAGGGUACUGUAAAGGACACUGCAGCCUUGGUUGAGGAAGAAAGACGCUUGCUGUAUGUUGCAAUGACUCGUGCUCGGCAGAAGCUUUUUAUGCUUUACGUAUUGAUGGACUCAAACUGGCAGAUACUUCAACCGUCAAGAUUUCUGAAAGAAAUCCCCCGUAGUCUUAUAGAAGUCCAGGGUGAAACAAAUUUACAAGAACUACAGAUAAAGCACGAAGCUUUUCAAAAGGAAUCUACCCCUUGUACCACUGACUUGUUGAUAAAAGAGAGACCAACUGAAGCAGAUGUGGUCCCUAUGCCUCCUGUACUUGAUAAUCAUUCCAGUGAGAUUUCCAAUGAGCUUGCACAAUUUGAUGAGGCAAACAGUGGAAAUGAUUUCUUAAGAAGAUUUAGUGUUGAGGACAGAUCUAUUGUUUCCCAUUUAUUCCAUCAAUGGGCCAAAAAAAAAGCAUUUCAAGAUCCAAAGAGAUUGCUUGACAAGGUUAGUUUUGUAAUUGAUGAACGCCUGAGACAGAAGAGAAACAAAAACAAGGACUUAUUGAAUACAUUAAAACCUUGCUUAAGCUGUGACGAAGCAUUUCAGUAUGCUCAAUAUGUUUUGAGAUGGGAGCAGAUUCCUGCUGAUAAGCGAGCUCAUCUUAUGCGAGAAAAACAGGAACAUUUUCUGAAAUUAAAGAUUGAGAAUGCAAUGGGUUCUGCAACACCGACUGUCAAGCAGAUCUCAUAUUUGAAAAAACUGGGUUGCACCGUGACCCCUACAUCCCGCCUUCACGCGUCUCAUCUUAUUGAGCAGUACAAAUCACUGUAAGAAUCCACAAGUACGAAACCUUCCUUACUGAAAACUUUAAUGUAAGAUUAUAUCGCAGACUAAGCUGGUUUGCAAGCUUGCUAACAAAUUUUGUUAACUAAACUGAUGGACCUUUGUGAAUUCCAACCAUCUACUAAAUUUUUGCCUUUGUUAUGGAACAGUUAUUUUAUGUUAUGACAUUUAUGUUAAAUUCUAAAUUCGUUCGUAAGAGGUUCAUUUGUUU